UUGACUACCGCGUCAUAUUGUUCAUAUCAUGGAGGCUGUAAAUAUGUAGGUGUUUGCUGUAUGGAAGAUAAAAUUUGUUUUUCUCGCGUGACCGCAUUUGUUCGCCUCCACCGAAAUUAAUUAUGGAUUGCAGAUCACGAAAUAUCUGUUAAGAUUGGUCUCCGCAGGGCCGGAAAAUGUCGAGACACAAAAUGCGAGAGCGUCUCACCAACACUUGAGGCCUCAACGAUGAGCGAACCAGUGAAGAAACGCGCCCGAGUGCAGCCAGGAGGGGUCGAGGGCCCCUCGCCCACCGAGGACCGCGAGCUGGUGGCCCUGCAAGAGCUGCUGCUGCACCAGUGUUUGUGCUCGCUGCCCGAGGGGCUGGACGAGGUCAACUGGCUGGAGCGGCGGACACUGCCGCAGGGUGUGUGCGCCUCAUGGACGCGGGAGCAUGCGUUGCUGUUCGUCAGCACGCUGCAGCUCUUGUGCGAAACGUCGUACAAGCAGUUGUCCUCGCAGGGCAGCCAGUGCCGUCGGCUGGCCAGCAUGUGCGACGCCGUCGUCGCCUGCAAUUACAGACUGAUCGAGCUGCUGAUCGGCGACGAGUUGUGCGCCGGUUGCGACCCGUACGUCCGGUUCGCCAGCGGGCGGGCCCUGCCGGCGCUCCUGGUCGUCUCCAGGCAGCGAAUAGACCCUGCGUGGCUCGAAACCCUAGCAGACGCCGCCCUUAUACCCUCGCCGCUCACGGCCACCUUUGCCCUUGACGUCUUCAGGAGAGUGCUCGAGUGGCGGGACGUCGACUGCCAUCCUUCCGAGGAUGCUUCAGGGGCCUCGACGUCCUCGUCCUCAAGUGCAUUUGCAUCCCCAGUUGGUGCCUGUAAUCAGGCGAUCGACCCCGAGGGUGCUGACUCUCAAGCGGCCAAGUGCGCGUGCAUCCACGCGCUAGAAUCCCGAUGGACAUUACUGGUGAACCACUAUGACAGCCUGAUGGCGAGCUACGUGAGCUCAAACGAGGCUGCCAUCACGACGUUUGUCGCACUUUGGGAGGCCAUCAUCUCGGUGAAGGCGAACCUCUCUGUGGUGGACACGAAGCCGUUCUACUCACACCUCGACGGCUUUGUCGUCCUGCUUGGGCCAAAUCUACCUCCGCUGCUGUGGAAGCGCCUCCUUGGACUUUUCAACGAGGUCAUGUGCUACGGCAGCACCCUCGCCCUGCAGGACACAAUCGCCGAAGAGCCGUGCGCGUUGGCGCACCUUGUUGUGCGCAGCGUCAAGGACUGGCACCUGCUAGACGCUUUGCCCUUCCGCAGAGGUGCAGGUGGUGGCUUUGGUGGCCGCCACAGCUCAGAAGAGGGCGACCGACCUCUGCUGCAAAAAAUGUGCCUGUUGGUGCUCAAGAGCGUUGCUGUCACUGUCAAGGAGACUCGGUCAGACUCGAGUAGCAGCGACGCGUCAUCAAGUUCUGGUGGCGGAGGCAACGGUGGCUCUUCGGAAGAGGAAGCUGCGGCGGCUGCUGAUGACAUGGCCGUGAUCGCUCGGAGCAUUGCUGAGGUUCUGCGAAGACUGGACGCGUGCGUCAAACAGCUGAUGCCGUUUCAUCCGGAGACGCCGCUGGCACAGUGGGUGGUUCAGCUUUUCUCUGACCAGGACGACGCCCUGGUCGAGGGCAUGGUGUGCUGCCUGGACGUGGAGGUCGGUCUUUCCGCAGCCCUGACCACCACGCUGGUGUCCAACGCCCUGAGGGCCGCCCUGUCGCCGACACAAACCUUUGCCCAGUUUCUGCGGACAGUGUCCCAUGACCACGAGGUGCUGCUCGACCUGCUUGUCUCAAACGAGACCUGCUUUCUGCUCUACCUGCUGCGCUUCCUCAAGUACGCCCGACGGCAGUGGUCAGACUUUGUGUCCGGCUGCGACCGAGAGCUGGAGAACAUCAUGACUGUACUCAUUAGGUUAAGGAUGUCGAUCAACCGCCUCGUUUCCAAGGCUCUCUUCCCGUACAACAUCAAGCCGGUGCUGCGACUGCUGGAGAAGUGCGAGCGGCUCUACGAGGACAACGACUAUCACUGACAAUGGUUCUUGUUAUUGUUGAAGUGCUGACUCGGUAUUUACACAAUCAAAAGUGAUCGGGAACGGAUUUUUUUAAACGCAGAUUUAUGAGAAAUUAUUACCAUGAAUUGAUGAAAAUCAAACCAAUUGUGUGAGAGAUUGAUUGAUCGAGUGAAUGAUUUUUAGGGAGGUGGCACAGAAUUGCUUAUUUGCAAAAUAAAAUCUUGAAAUUUGUCUUAAAAAGAUUUAACUAAGUCAUUUGAACUUAUUUUUACGAUGCAAUUAUCCAAUAAUUUCAUUUUUUUUUCUCUUUUGUGAAGUCUAAAAUAAUAAUUACAAAUUUUAUCAUUCAAAUUAAAUUAAAAAAAAAAUCAGUCCUCUUUUUGCAAGUAAUUAAUUAUUUUUUAAAAGCUAACACAUGCGCCUCUUCCCUUGGGUGAAACUGUAAAAUCUUAUAAAUAGACGCUACAGAUGUUACAUUUGUCAUUCAGACAAAUAUAAAAUCGAAACACUUAAUAAACUUGUAAUUGCAAAAACUAUUUAUUACCGAAUCUCUGUAAAUAGGAUAAUUCUACUACGAAACGACGUGUACGCAAUAUUACGAGUCUUCCAGUGCAAGGGGUGAUAGCAUUUUGUAUAUUAUGAUCACAAUGAUUAUUUAUGAGCGAUGAAGCAGGAUCGGAUGCCGGUGGCCGCUUCUCGUAGAGAGGGGCCUGACAGGAGCGAAUUUAAGUUUAAAAAAUAACAAUAUAUAAUCUGUUGCCUCAAAGCAGUACAAAUGAAAUGAGUUGUGCAUUUUUUUUUCAAUUUGAGAAAUUUUAAUUUAAAAAUAAAAAGCAUUUUGUCCGGGGUGUUUCGGCAGAGCUAAUUUUACUCUUUUAAAAAUAAUAAUAAAAAAAAAUCGAAGUGCCUUAUUUCCCAACAUGUGAUGCGUGCACCCUGGCGUUUAUUGUCUUGGUUCUAGGCAAGUUAUUGCUUGUGCUAUGGCAUUAUCAUUUUAUUCAAAAUAUAUAUUUUGUAAUUAA